CUGCUCGGAAAAUGUUGACGAUCCCUUAAUAUUUUCUGAUGAAAUCUCAAACCGGAGAAGAAACACGGAAAUACCGGGCAGAUCAAAUUACACUUUUAAUCGGGAGAAACCGUAUCAGUAUUGUCAACCGAAUUAGAUUAAAACAGUCGCACAUUGUUUUUGAUCCAACAAUUUGUUUUUUAGAUCGAAUAUUUGAUACUUUGGUUUACAAACGGCUGAGCUUACUAGCUGCUUGUGCUAAGCUAACAGCUAAGCUACCCCAGUCACCGGAGAUCUCCAGCUGGCCGCCCGUCGCCUCUUUACGGGGAUUAGAACCCGACAAACAUGGCUCUUCUUUCGGCCUCACACUUUGAUCUUUCGUCCGUUUUUUCCGUCACCGUUUCCACAAAAUUCUCCUCAAGAAAGAAGAACAACCCCCGCUGUCAGAGGAGCGUUAGCGCCGCGCAGCGAGCCGGGGAGACGGACGUUAUUCCCGGGUUUCCUGUCUGGGUUGAGGUGGAUUUUCACGGUGAAAAUUAGUUAAUUUCAUCCACUUUAGAUAUUCAAGGAGAAACUGACUCACUGACAAAAAUGGAUUCAGUGUCAAGUGAUUUUUAAAAAGGCAGUGUUGAAUCUGAUGGCCUUAUGACUGCAUAUUAGAGGCAUUGUAGGUUAAAUUAAAAUAAGGACUCGACAGUGUAAGUAAUUACAAUUGUGAAUCCACAAAAUAACCCUCACAGGUUUACAAGGUUUUUCAUUGUUUUACCUACAAUAAACCUAAUACCCUGAUCUGUGGACGGUGUGUGAGGAGCCAGCCGGUGUUCAAGGCUGUGUCUACGCUAGAAACAGGAAUAACUAGUAUUAUAAAAUUCACGUUUUGCACUUAAAACGAAAAAUGUUUAAAAGUAUGAGCGGUGACGGACAUGUAUCCAGCGGGCAGAGCUCCUCCUCCAUGGCCGGGCGAGGAGCCCCCUCCGCCGGGCUGCACAGUCAGGAAAGCUCGUGGCUCGGGCUGCUGUCUAGGCCGGCGCUGUCUUUCCUCCAGAAAUAUCUCCCGGUGCGACCCGCGGCCCGGGCUGACACCGUAGCCGGGUUUCUGCUGGACGACCUGAUGCCGCCUCCUCCUCAGCUGACCUACCUUCGGUGUGAUUCAGCGACCGGCCUGCUGGAGCCCGGAGGCAGUUUACCGUGGCUCUACGCUGACUCUCUGCGGGAGCUGGGCAUCCAGGGCACGGAGGAAAUGAACCUGAAUCUCGUCCAGCAAACUCAGAUCGGGUACUUGUCUUCUUUCAGGACUUUCAUCAAUCAAGUUCUGUUGAACUCUGCUCAGGAAGGGAGAGCGACUUCAGGGAAUGACUGGGAUCCUGCGGGUCCCUCAGCAAGGAGCGGUGGGACGUGGUGGGGCGGCUUCUGGGGAUCUGAGGGGGGAUCAGGGCUGCUAUCAGACCCAUCCUGGGCCGAGGACGGGGUCCUCACUGCCUGGCUUUGUCCACAACAACCGGUGUCUCCAACAAAAGCCCCCGGAACAAGCACCAAGCCAGGAGAAACCUCUGGACCGAUCAGGCACAAAGAGCAGCCGGCUGACAAAGAGGGCCGUGAAACAGUCCAGAACAUGGAGGAGGGGGGGUCCACACCAGAGCCCCGGCUCAGCGUCAGUCUCCCCAGGUCAGAAGCCCCCUCCUGCAGUGAGGAGGCUCCUCUGACCCCGGAGCAGGACCAUGGCUACACCAGUCUGGAGGAGGGACAUGUGCAGGUGAACAUGGGGCCCGGUCCGAGUGAAGAGCAGCAGGACGCCGCCCAAAUUAGUCCCCCCAAAGAGACUUCUGAGGAGCGGGAGUCUACAUCAGAGGGGGUAGAGGAGGAAGAGGAGGCUCUGUCAGCGGAGGAAGAGGAGGGUCUGUCGGCAGAGGAAAAGGAGGCUCUGUGUGAGGCAGCCCUCAGCAGCCCCAGCUGUCAGAACAAAGCGAUUGCUUUCAUCAUGGGCCUGCCCUGCAGCGACGACAGCUCUGAGGGGGGUUCCAGUGAGGAGGAGGAGGACGAUGACGGCUUCGACAGCGAAGGCUCAUCAGAUCUGUCUGACUCCACGGACGACGAGGACUCGGACUCGGAGGCGGACUCGGAGGCGGACUCGGAGGCGGAGCGUCUGUGGAGCUCUCUGGGCCACGGCUCUGAUCCGUACGACCCCCGAAACUUCACAGCGGCGAUGCACACCGUCAGCUCCACCCCCAGGAACAUCCCCACGCCUCCGUCCUCCAGCGGAUCCUCUGCCGCCUCUUCCCCUGAACUCACCCCUCUCCCCCUCUCCCCCCUGGCUGCCUCCUCCUCCCCCCCGUCCGGCAGCGACUCCUGGGACGACUCCACCUCAGCCAGCGAGGCGGACGAAGCCGAGAGCCUCCGCCUGUGGAGCUCCUUCGGCUGCUCAGACCCCUACAGCCCCUUCAAUUUCCAGGGGCCCAUCAGGACUCAGGAGCCCGUGGGGGGGCCCGGCACCAGAACACGGGCGAGGAAGGCCUCCCCCCCCCACAACCUGGCAGCUCCUCCCCAGUACAGGAGGGAGGAGGCGGAGGAGCGUCUGGACAGCGGCUUCUCUGAACCCUCCGCCUCCCCCGCCCGCAGCAUCACCAAGAAGGUGCGUUUCUGUGAGGAAGUGGAGGAGUUCUUUGCGAGCGGUGGGGAAGAGGCGGAGGACCGGCGGGGCCCCUGGGAGCAGCUGGCCCGGGACCGCUGCCGCUUCCUGCGCCGCUGCCAGGAGGUGGAGCUCAGCAUCCACUACUGUCUGCAGCCGAUGCACCGCCAGCUGGUGUCACUGCGCCUCAAUGCCACCGCAGACCUCCAGCUGCAGGACAACUGAGGGCCAGCAGGACGUCCUGAAGGUCAUCAAGAAGCCUGAAGGUCAUCAGGACGUUCUGAUGGCCAUCGAGACAUUCUUAAGGUCAUCUGGACGCCCUGAAGGUCAUUGAGACGCCUUAAGGUCAUCGAGAAGCCUGAAGGUCAUCGAGACGCCUGAAGGUCAUCGAGAGUCAUCAAGACGCUUAAAGGUCAUCAGGACGUCCUGAAGGUCAUCGAGACGCCUGAAGGUCAUCAGGACGUCCUGGAGGUCAUCUGGACAUUCUUAAGGUCAUCAGGACGUCCUGGAGGUCAUCUGGACAUUCUGAAGGUCAUCAGGACGUCCUGGAGGUCAUCUGGACAUUCUGAAGGUCAUCAGGACGCCCUGAGGGCCAGCAGACUCCUGAGGGCCCCUGGUCUGUGUUGAGGAGAAAGGAGAAGCUGCUCUUGUGGAGAGCGAGACACUCGGGCGUCCCGCCCUCCUCUCUGUCUGCAGACUCAGUGCCGCUGCUUCCUCUCACCUCUCAGAGCAACACUAGAGAACAUUCUUAUCUCCCUCCAUUUAUCUUUCAAAUAAUUUUACAUUUAAUCCAUUUAUGUUUUCAAAAUCCGGACGUUUCCUUCAGAGAAACAUAAAGUAACGAAUGUAAAUUACAAAUAUUUUGGUUUACACUCAAAAUCAGUUUCAGAUCUGGAUCCACGGAGGAUCGUCAAACCCUUUGAUUAUUAAAUCAAUCAGAGGGGUUAGUGUUUUCAUUUUGCUGCUUUUACUCCUCUCUCUAAAGCCAAAGACUUUAAGCGUGUGUGUGUGUGUGUGUGUGUGUGUGUGUGUGUGAAGAGGUGUGUGUGUGUGUGAAGGUGUGUGUGUGUGUGAAGGUGUGUGUGUGUGUGUGUCUCGAGCAGAAGUGUUUCAGAUUGAUUUGCAUGAAUCGAUCUCCUGCAGUGUUGCAUCACGUGAACCUCUCAGCCCCUCUCACCACAGAUUUAUUCAGACUGUAAUACCUUACAUUUAAAUUCGAUGAUUCCUGAUAUUUCAUUAUUUGAAACACUUUGUUUCCUGUCUCUCAUUCGUUCACCGCUAACUGUGAAAAAUGUAUUUGACACCAGAGUUUUAAACGAGGCCAAAAAACAAGAAACAACCUGAAGUUUUAGUUUUUAUUCAUCGGUUUAUUGUCCAUAAAAUAGAGCUCAAUGCGUCUCAUAUGUUCCAUUCGUGAAGCUCCUAGGGGACUUAUUAUACUUGUAGGACGUCCAGGUAUCACGUUUAGAUAUGUGCUUAAAAUGCGAAAUAAGGGAAAUGAUAAUGCUCUUUUUAUUUUAGAACCGUCGCUCGGGGUUCUGCCUAAAUCUCCAGACAACAAAUAAAGCAGGACAUCUUCACAUUUCAAACAUGAUUUUCUGGGGCGUUUUUGCACGAUUACGUAAAAGAGGAGUGUUGUUUGUAAAACCGAAUUAGAUCCUGUACCGGAGGAUCGAUCCUUCAGUAAGUUUUUCAUAUCAGAAAUAUUAGAAUCAGCAGAUCUAGAAAACCAAACGUUGCAGAAUAAAAUGUCAAUAUUUCAGUUGAUCCAUGAAGAGCUGCAACCUGCAGAGCUGCAACCUGCAGAGCUGCACCGCUGGUUCAGAGCUGCACCGCUGGUUCAGAGCUGCACCGCGGGUUCAGAGCUGCACCGCGGGUUCAGGCUGGUUCAGAGCUGCACCGCUGGUUCAGAGCUGCACCGCUGGUUCAGAGCUGCACCGCUGGUUCAGAGCUCUGAGCUGCACCGCUGGUUCAGAGCUGCACCGCUGGUUCAGAGCUGCACCGCUGGUUCAGAGCUGCACCGCUGGUUCAGAGCUGCACCGCUGGUUCAGAGCUGCACCGCUGGUUCAGAGCUUCAGCGUUUAAAGUUUAAUUCUAUUUAAGGUUUCAUUUCAGGCCGUGUCCAACAGGUGCAAACAAAUAUAUGUUUAACUUUAAAAGCGUUGACCUCAGAAAAAGAAAGUGGUGCAAUUUGAAAACAUUUGGUUUGUUGAAAAAAGACGGAUGUGUUUAAAUCUAAAUAUUCGGCUUCAACACAAAGCGGUUAGUGUUUAGCCUUCGGGGCAUUUUUACUGAUAUUCAAUAAAAACGAUGUAAAUAAAAAACAUUGAACCGUCAAAUCUUUAUUUACAAACCCUUGACAGACACUAAAACACUUGGUACAGCUCUAACUAGAUCUAUCGCCUUUACUCUGGUAUAAAUAAUUCCUGUGAUGUCAAACAGCUUGUGAAUAAUGGAAGAUAAAGAGAGUUAUGAAGCUGAAUAAAUAAUCCCCACUUUCUAAUUACAGACUCAAUCAGGGUAAAAAAAAGGAGGCUUUUUAUUUUUCUAAUGUUUAACAAGUUCUGCUUCAUCGUUUCCUCACAACGAAUAUUAAAUAUUUAAUGAUC